AUGUCACUCUCUGUAAACCCCCAAUCCUCUAAGCUUUUCUCUCUCCUCCCCGCCAAACCUCUCUCUCUCACCACCACACCUCACAAGCUCGCACUGCCCACAACCAUAAAGUUUCAGAGAAAACUACACACACUCUCACCCUCUGUUAACUCGUCUUACUCCAUUCAAAACGACCCUUUCGAAGAAGACCAUGUAAUCGGUGACUGCGUUGUCUUCGAAGAAGGCAUAUUCGACGACCCUUAUCUCCAAAACAACACCAAAGUCGAUACUUUUAACCCAACCAAAGCAAAACCCAGAAAAGCUAUCGAUGAAAUUGGGUCUGAGAACUUGGUUCCGGACCAAUGGAGAGAGGUACAAGCAGAGAUUAACAUAACGAAGAAAGAGAGGCGCAAGAUAGCUCAAGAAGUGCAGUUUGGUACGAGGGUCGAGAAGCGGAAGAAGGGGUUAGAGCCCAUAAGGGAUUUGAAUUUGGAGGAGUACUUGGCGUACAGGGAGGCCAAGUUGAAUCAAUUGAAGCCUCUUGUUUUGGAUGAGGCUUCAGGUUUGGCUCAGGUCGAGGAUGCUAAAGCUAAGGAGUUGAAAGAUAAUGAAGGUAAUGAUGGGUCUUUGAGUGAGCGAGUGGCGCCUAAGAAUCCAAGGUGGGCGGUUUAUGGGAAGGGUCUGGAGGAUGUUACUGAGUUCUUUAACAGUGAGCAUUAUGAGCCUGGUGCUAAGAAAUCUGAAGGACCCCGAAAGUUGUUUACGAAAGAGGAGAAGGCUAUGCUAAAUAAGCGAAAACCUGAUAUAGCUGCUGCCACCUCUAGAAAAUGGCUACCACUCCACACUCUUGCUGCAUCAGGAGAAUUUUACCUUAUGGAUGCUUUAUUGAAACAUAAUGCUGAUAUCAAUGUUGUGGAUAAGGAUGGUUGGAAUUCUCUUCAUAAAGCAAUUCUUGGUAAAAAUCAGGCCAUCACGAACUAUCUUUUAAGAGAAUCAGCUAAUCCAUUUAUUCUUGAUAAAGAUGGCGCCACCUUGAUGCAUUUUGCUGUCCGAACAGCUUCCAGUCAAGCAAUUAAAAUUCUUCUGUUAUAUAAUGUUGAUAUAAACCUUCAGGACAAUGAUGGAUGGACACCAUUACAUCUAGCUGUUCAAGGCCGAAGAACAGAUGUGGUGAGGCUUUUAUUGAUUAAAGGAUCGGAUAAGACAUUGAAGAAUAAGGAUGGUUUAACCCCUCUUGACCUUUGCCUCUAUUCUGGUCAAGACACAAGGACUUAUGAGCUAAUUAAGCUGUUGAAGCUUCUUCCCAAGCCACGCUAA